UAUAUAUACAUAAUACAUAGUUUUGCAUGCUUCAAUUCUCCCUCCCCUCUCUAUAUAUAUACACCUCUUCCGUCUCAGGAUUGAACCGUCAACAAUUCGUCACAAUCUCUCAAUCUUAUUUGUCUGAUCAGUAUCAUCAAUCAUGUCUUCUAAGGUUGUCACCAGCUUGUUCAGGAGAGGGUACACGGUGGCGGCGGAGAGAGUGAAGGGGCAGGCGGCUGCGGGGGUGAAGAGAGCGGCCGUGGAGACUCCGGCGGCCGGAGAGAAAGAGGCGGUGUUCUGGAUGAGAGAUCCGAAGAGCGGAAAUUGGGUGCCAGAAAUACAUUUUGACGAUGUGGAUGCUGCUGAUCUUAGGAAGCAGCUUCUUCCCAGCAACUGCAAAAAGGUCUUUUGAAUUUUUUAUAGAUCGUUGUAAACUGCUAAAGUGUACUAUGUUAUAUAUGGUUUCAAUAAAUCGAUACGAGUG